CGCUAAAUCAACUUGGCGUUUCCACAGUGUAGCCCUGUGCCUUUUGACGCCUGUCUCACUGGCUUGGCCUGGGGCAAAUGAAGGAAAAAAAAGCAGGCUAAUGUGCGCCAAGCAUCUCACUGCAUGUCUCUUCCCCCUUACGAGCUGGAGUAUCAACGUCCUUCCUUUUGGUUCUCAGCACCCCUGGAAGCGCGUCAUCAAGGGGUUCGAUGUUCGCCGAGCUUUGGGCAGGGCAGGUAGGAUAGACACAGUCUAGCGUUGACUAAUUAUGCUAGACAUCUGUAGGUAUGAGACGUUGUUUGCAAGGCAAGGCCCUCAUCACACUAGACCCUGUUGGGGACAAAGAUCCGGCAGAGAAGAAUAGGAAAAAGAUGCUUCGCCCCGGGAAUGGGACCAUUGGGCCCCCAGUCUCAUUAAAGUAGACGAGAUCGAGUCCUCCCCUAGGCUGGGUUAACCUUGAGAACUCUCUCUCUCUUGAUCUUGAACUAUUUCACUAUAGAUGAACCAGCAGGCCGGUUCCUUUCUAUUUUACUAAUUAGAACCCUAGAUAGCUUUACUUCUCACCCGAAGCCAACCUUCGCCCUUAUUUUCUCUCACUCUCAUUGAUCUCUUUCAUAAAGCUAGCGAUACCUAAUUCACAAUGGGCGAAGACGGCGGCGGCAACGGUUCAGGUGGAGGUGGACAUGGAGGUGCGUCGGGUGGUGCUGGUGUAGCCCAUGCUGGCAACGGCGAAGUGGGCGCUCCUCAUGCUCCCGCUGGUGGUUACGGAGAAAAGAGCCACGGCAACAACAGCAACACCGAUGGUGGAAACUAUUCAACGGAGAUCACGAGGCCCGUAUCUCCUCCUAGUCGAGGCACCGAGACUCCUAACCCAUUCAGUCGCAAAAACACGAGCUUAGAUCUAGAUGACUACUUCUCCGGCCCUCGAGAUAUUUCCAAACAUUCAAAAUGGCCACUCUUUUUACAAUUACACGGCAGCAUAACCCCCAAGAUGAUCGUCCCGCUCCUUGCCAUCGGCGCUUGGGCCACCUUGAUCACCGUUCUUUCCAAGGAGUUCUACCACAUUGAGCUCUCCAUCGAGCCGGUUCUUUUGACCAUUACCGGUUUCGUUGUUAGUAUGGGUCUGUCGCUCCGUAGCUCUACCGCCUAUGAGCGUUACGCCGAGGGGAGGAGAUGCUGGAGUCAGCUCAUAUUGGCGUCACAAAGUCUUGGUCGGGUGUUCUGGGUCCAUGCCAUCGAGCGCCCUGAGACAGCGAAGGAGGAUCUGCUAGGCAAGCUAACAGCUAUGAACCUCAUUAUCGCCUACGCUGUGGCUCUCAAACACAAGCUACGAUUUGAACCCUACACACACUACGAAGACCUCAUUGACCUUGUCGGGCAUAUUGAUACGCUAGCGAAGGAAGCCACGGCGGACGAAGAGGUGCAACAGGCCAGGUCUAAGAAGUACACGAUCUUCAAGGCUGUGGGCGAAAAUCUGGGCUUGUCUUUUGCUACGUCAAAUCCUCGCAAGCAGCUCAAGCGCAUUAAGAAGCCCGUUGGCAACCUUCCUCUGGAAAUCCUCUGCUACCUGACAGCCUACUCAGACGAACUUGUCGCCAACGGCCAGCUCCCUGUCGGCAUGCAGCAAACUACUGUUUACAACAACUUGGGCUUGCUUAACGAUGUAAUGGUGAACACCGAGCGAGUAUUGAACACGCCCCUCCCCAUCGCCUACGCCAUCGUCAUCUCUCAAAUCACCUGGCUCUACGUGGUCCUACUUCCCUUCCAGCUCUACGCCGCGCUCGAUUGGAUCACGAUCCCCGCAACCAUCUUCGCCUCCUACAUCAUCCUCGGCAUCUUCUUCAUCGGCCACGAGAUCGAGAACCCCUUCGGCAACGACGUCAACGAUCUACCCCUCGACUCCUUCUGCCAACAAAUCGUCGACGACAUGGAAACCAUCUCCUCCCGCACCAAGAUCUCCACCCAGCAGCUGGUUCAGAACUCGAGGAACAAGGUCCUGUACCCUUACAGCAACAGCAGCUAUUACUCAUGGGCGGCGCAGUCCGAGGGCGCCAUCCGCACGGCGCUGAAGAACCGCCCGAACGCGUACUUUGAGAAGGCGGGAGCCCCGAGCCUCGCGAGCGGUCCCGAUAAUGUCUAGGACGAUGCCCUCUCCAGAACUAAAAACAGUAUCGAUUUGAUAACGAAGAAUACAAGAAAGCAUAACAGACGUCAAAAACAUAACGGGGCUUGGCUUUUUGAAGCAUUAGGGUUUUAUUUUCGUGCUUUUUAAGGAUACAUUUUCACAGCGACGGCAAGGGUAAAAAAGCGUAUAACUUUGUCAUUUGGAAUUUGCAUUUAUCUUUUCUGUACUAAGGAUAUAAGCACAGACGAGUCUAUUUUUUAAAAACUGUAAAUACAGAAUACGGGAGUACCUAUCUUGACUUGAUUAUUCCACUGGUGAAUUACGCUUUGACCGGCUUACUCCGACGAUGAAUACAGGGACUCAGGGGCAAGAAAUGAAAAGAUAUCAAUAUAAGGCGCGGGAAAUAUUAAAGGGUGAAUGAAACCUUGAGAUUUCAAAGUCCGAGCCCGGUGUACCAUGAUUCAAAUCAUCUAAUUUAUCUAGACGUGACUUGCGGCUGAGCCACCUCAUUGUUUCAAACUUACGAGUCUCAAUUAAAUAAAACGGGUAAAUAUGAGUCAGUUUCAUGAAAGGCUGUUGUAAGUACUUCAGCUCGAAGACAUAAUCUUAAGGAUAUGCUAUUAUUUCUCUCUACAUUGUAUAUAAAACACUCCGAUACUAAGGCGCGAAGAUGAUCUAGGCUGCCUAAUUCCCGGAGUGCAAAUUGGGUAUUUCAGAC